AUGUCGACUUCCGCUGAACAGUUGUUUCUGUACGGGGAGGUGCUGGAGCCCGAGUUCCACUCGGUUGUUGACCUGCUGGGCCAUCUCGACCUCACUGCAGGGGCCGCGGGGGUGUUUGCGGCGAUGAUUUUGCUCACCUUCCUGGGUGUCUUGUGGCAAGAGGUCAUCUUCUGUAUCUCCACCGGAGUAAAGCAUCUCGUCUCGCUCGUCCGCGCCGUGGUGUCCGGGGCCCGCUGGUUCGUCCAGUCCGUGACCGCCGCGCGCUCUCCGGGAAAGAUGUACGCCAUGUACCGUGACGGUGCCAAGUUUCCGUUCUGCGACUGGCCGCUGUGUCGACUCGUCUAUGCCGUCGUCUGCUGGUGCUUCCCCUCUGAUCGCCCGAUGAUGUCGGCUUGUCGGCUUUGGGGCACCUUCCUCUGUGUGACUGGCGUGUACUUCGCUCUAUUGCUUCCCGGCUUGCAUCAGGUCUCUGGCAUCGCCGGCGGGCUUGGGCCGGAGGGGUGGGACAUGUUGGAGUACUGCGUCCACGCCCAUGGGGGUGGUGUUGCUCCAGGUCGGUGGGUGUGGCGCCAGUGGUUGGAGAUCGUCCGCUGCAACGGCGUGGAGACCGGCUUGGUGCUGCGCGACCUGAUCGACGAAGGUUACCGCCUGCUCCGCGAUGAUCGUGAGAUCGACCAUCUUCCCAUCCUGGCUCUCGCGGCUGUCUGCGUCUCACUCAUCCUUGUGGCGGCGUGGUCGUUUGCUGCUCUCGCCGAGGUCGUUUCUCGCAGGAAGCGUGUUGUCGACCCUUUGCCUCGGGCAGACUCAAAAGCAGCACUCACGCCCGUCGACGAGACACCGCUGCGAGGGACGCCCCCUCAACAGAGCACGGCAAUCCCAUCGGCUCUGGGCCGGCUCCUAUUUGCCAAGACGGAGGAGCUCAGGGCAGCCAAGCAGCAGAUCGAAGAGAUCAAGGGACAAAUGGAAGAGGCCUGCGCGCAAGUCAAGAGCCUGACUGCCUGCCGCGUCGAGGCCAAGGUGAUGCGGCCUCAGGAUGUGGUGGUCAUAAACAACCUCCAGAGGGACCUGGCCGAGGCUGAGGGGCGGCUCAGCGUGGCCCGGGGAAGAUUGAGGGUGGUGGAGGAGAACGCCGUAUCGAAAGAAAGUGCCCUCGAGGAGCGGGUAGCCCAGCUAGAAGACCAGCUGGAAGACCAGGUCGAACACAAGAGACACCAGGCCCAUUCCCUGAGUGAGGUCUCCUCGCUCAGAGCCGAGCUUCAGGCUCGGAAUGACCAGCUCGUUGCCCUCGAGGGACGCUUGGCUGCCGCAGAGGCCAGCCCUACAGUCAAUACCAAAGCCGGUAAGGCCGAUAAUGAAGCCAUCCUUGCCGAAAACCAGAGACUGGCUGCCGAGAACCAGAAACUGGCCGCCAAGUGCCAGGCUCUGGUCAUGGAGUUCCUGGAUCUUCAGACCGCGAAGGACGAACUGUCGCAGCGGGUGGAAAGUUCUUUAGCAGCAGCCCAUCAAGAGCGCGAUGCCGCCCUCGGGCAGGUCCUCUCUCUGCAGAGCGAGCUUGGGUCGACCCAGAAGGUAAUGGAGAGCAUGGCGAAGGAUGCCGAGGAGUCCCAGGUUCGGGCUAAGGAGACCGAAACAGCUCUUCGUUCAUCCAACGCCGAACUGAAGCGCGCCUGUGAACUGGCUAGCGAACAAGGAGGUAUGCCCGCCGGCGAGGCGCCGGGCCGGAUCUUGGCCCUUGAGAAGGAGAUCGAAGAGCUCCAAAAAAAGGUCGGCAUAGCUAUGAGGGACGCGCAACGAAAGCACUCGCAAGCGGUUGACUCACAGAGGGUCAAUGAGGUCCUCGAGCAUCGUCUGGCCAAGUGGGAGCAUUCGAGGGACGGCCAAGAGAUCCCCAAGCGUCGUACCGGCGACGUGGGCUCGAUCACGACCGCCCUAGAGCAGAGUAGGGUGAAGGUGUCCGAGCAGCAGACCGAAAUCGAGGAACUCCGGAAGCAGCUCAGCAAGCUCAAGGAAACGACCCCUAGUCCCGAUGAGCAGGUUCAGGCUUACCGUAAGCACAUCGAAAAGCUGCGCGAGACCCAUGAUGAGACGAAGAGGGAGCACAUGAAGGAACACAUCCGGUGGGCCCGCCGGACGGCUGAGCUGGACGAAGAGGUCCGAAGGCUCCGCAUCGAGUUAUCCGAAGCUGGCUUCACGUCUCGUCACAGGGGCGGCAACCAUUAA